AUGGACCCCCGACAGUCCGCCCUCCCGCUGCAGCUGCACGGCAACAGUUUUGCUGUGAGCUCUGGACGAGUGCCAGAAGUGAUUGCGGGAUGCGAUGGAGGAGGCCAAGACGCAGAACUCAAUCAGCAAAACAUGACCUCCUCUGCUCGUGUCACUUCCAGGUUGGGCCCAGGUGAACAGUUUCAGAGCCCGCUGGAGCCCCCGGUUCACUGCCAUGCCAAGGGCAAGCUGGACAUCGAGAGCAGGAGCUGCAGUCUCCUCACCAUCUGCCGCUCUGGAGUCACUUUCCCCUGGAUGAAUUCACGGACAACUGACUCUGAUCAAUCUGUAAUGGGAAGCGGCGGCGUGGCGGCUGGAGGCAGAGGAAGGCCCGGUGUGAGGAGGGAGAGGACGGCCUUCACCAACAGCCAGCUGCUGGAGCUGGAGAAGGAGUUCCACUUCAGCCCUUACCUCUGCCGCCCUCGCAGGCUGGAGAUGGCCGCCGGGCUGCAGCUCACCGAUCGCCAGGUCAAGAUCUGGUUUCAGAACCGCAGGAUGAGGUACAAGAAGGAGCGCAAGUGUGGAAAGGUGGCAGGCGCGUCCGAGCGGUGGUCUCCCUGCCACCCUUCCUCCAGCUCGAGCUCUUGCGCGGAUCACCUGAGUUUCCCAGGUGCAUGCGUUAUUAGAACUUCCUCUCCCUCAGACCUGUACUUCAUGGAUUAUGCUCCCACGCCGUCGUCCUCCACCUCUCUCAUUGGCUCUCGCGGUGACGGCAGCAGCGGCGGUCAGUGUAUUCACACUGCAGACCUGCCCCAUCUAAGUUGUAUAUUUCCAUCUGUUGCGAAUGGUCCGCCGUCCUCCUGUUGGGGCCUAGAUAGCCUUCACCAUGCUGGCACUUCAAACUGGCCCUAGGGCCUCAUCAUGGCCCUCCCUCCCGUGCUCAUCAAAAUCUCAAUGAUACAUCCACUUUCACUGAGUUAUGAAAGGCGGGAGGACGUCUGAUUAGCGUUGCAGGGUUGAAAUCCCCCCAGCACACUCUUUCACCACUCAUGAAGCAUUUUAAUUAGACCGUAUGAACAUGUCUUCAUUAAAGCGGAGCCACAGUGAUAUCAUUUGUGUAUCUCAGGCGACUGGAGGUCUUCGAACUUGCCGCAUGAACACUGCAUGCACAAGACAUUUAUGUAAUUAAUUUUACAUGUUUUUCGAGGUCACUUUUUUGGAUGUUACAUUUGUAUCGGUUUUGCAUGUUAUAUGCACGUGGAACUUAUAACUGCGAGUGAGUUUCCUAUUCCCUCAGUUUGAAGGUAAUAGCUAAGUGGUUAUUAUAUCUUGUUAGUAUCACAUUAGGCCUCUUUUUCAUUAUUUAUGUACUGUAAAUGGCAGCAUUUGUGUAAAAAACAUGUUUUAACUGUUAAAUGGACGGAAUAAUGUUCACAUUGAAUGAUGUUAUAUUUUUGUUAAAGCCAUUAAAGGAUAUGGCAAGUCUUUGAUACAGUCCUUGAUAAAUUGAGACGUCACAUACUGUACAUGCUUAAUAAAUGCAUUUGGGAAAACUGUAGCUCUCGUGCACUGUUUACCCUGUUCAUUGCUGAUGAAAUUUUUUUUUUCCAGCAGUAUUUCAUGAUUAAGAUAUUGUUGGAUAAGGUCCCAAAUGGGGGAGAAAAAAAAGAGAAAGAUGCUGUAAUUUAAUUAAGGCACGCUUUAGAUUCAUUGAAAACUCUACAGUGUUGUGCAUUCAAGUUGCACAGUCUUGCCACAGAAGCCUCUCCCUCGCUCCUGCCUCCAAGUUCCCCGACCAUUAAUCACGGAGACAAGGCAGUCUUUCCAGCAGUCCAACCACAAGCUCUGAACCCACUGGGCACCAUGACAAGAUCUCUUUGCCUCCUCCUUCCCAGCC